AUGGCUCCCAAGAUCUCAAGCUCCAGCGACUUGCAGUCCCUAGCGGAAGAGUUCGAGGUUGAGAAUGGAGCCCACAAAUUCAAACGCACCGUCUUUGCCGCGCUCGACGACGACGAUGUCGCAUACUGGGGCGCAAAAGAAGGCAUCCGCAAAUACUUCAUCUCCCCCGAAGAAUUUGAAGCAACCCUCCAGCCAAUCCCAGAUGACUGGAUGUUCCCAGAUCUCACGGAUGAUCUUGCCAAGGAGAUCACCAUCGCGGACACCGACGACGGCAGUGUCAUCGCCAGCGAGGACUUGUUCAUCAAGCGCCCCAAGCUCAGCGCAUACGACCCGGAAGAGGUAGGCAGGUACCUGCCUUCAGCACCAAGAAUGCUGCUUGAAGAGAUUCAUAUCCUCGAGACCUUGUCCAAAAACCCGCAUCCAAAUAUCGUACGCUACCACGGUGCCCGUGUCCGUCGCGGUCGGGUAACAGGCAUCCUCCUCUCCCGGCACAGCACUACCCUCGAUUCCAUCGAGAACAACAAACCCCUCAAGGAGUCCCUAGACCGGAACAGAAUAACGACCGAUCUUGAAUCCGCCGUCGCGCAUUUACAUGCGCUGGGGCUUGCGCAUAACGAUAUCAACCCGACUAAUAUCCUCAUCGGCAGGGAUAAGGAGGCUGUGUUGGCGGACUUUGGAUCGUGCCAGCCGGUGGGGAAAGGGUUGAUGUUUUCGAGGGGAACGCCCGGGUGGAUGGAUGAGGGGAGUAAUUAUGAGACGUCGGAGAUGAGGCAUGAUUUGGUUGGGUUGAGGAAGGUCGGGGAGUGGAUGGAGAAUGUGUGGGAAGGGAAAAAGACGGGGACGGGGUCGUAUCCGCUGGAAGGGUUGCCGAGGGAGUUUUUGGAGGCGAGAGGGCUUGCUUAG